AUGAAAAUUUUCAAACAGGUCUUUCAUGAUAUUACAAACAUUAAUAAAAAGAAUAUUAAAUUAACAAUCCACAAAUCCGCUCAUAGAAGAAAAUUAUUAAGAUGGCUGUAUGAGGUUACAAGAGAUUUUAAAUACGAACAGUCUACAUUUGGGAUAGCAGUAUAUAUUUUAGAUACUUAUACACAAAAAUAUGGAUUUGAAUUAAAUAACUACCAGUUACUAGGAAUAACAUCCUUAUUUAUAGCUGCUAAGAUGGAAGAAAGUAAACUUAAAGGAAUUAAUGAUUACGUACAGGUUACAGACUGUUAUGUCAAAGAAGAAGAAAUAUUAUUAAUGGAGCGACACAUAAUUAAUAUACAUAGCUUUGACAUCGUUACGCCGCACUUCUACCUAAAAUCAUGGCAUCUAGAAAAAAUGUCAAAAAAACUGUCUUUAGCUGAAAAGCGUGAACUCUUAUUCUCCACAUUUGCUUAUUUUUUAGAAAUGUCUACCUGUAAAAAAAGUAUGUAUUCUAUUUUUUUAGAUGGAAUUAAAGAAGCAGAAAAUAUUUUGGCUGGGCAUCAAAUUCCAAAAGAUUUGCAAUUUUAUAUCAAUAAUAAUAGGAUUACACGCCAUAUAAAAUCUAGACUUGUAAUUAAUAAAUAG